AUGAUUCCUCCCAAUAAGCUCAGCAGUACCCGCCGCACCUCCUCAUCUUCCGCAGUACCCCCCACGUCUCCUCAUCUUCCGCAGUACCCCCUGCGUCUCCUCAUCUUCCGCAGUACCCCCUGCGUCUCCUCAUCUUCCGCAGUACCCCCUGCGUCUCCUCAUCUUCCGCAGUACCCGCCGCACCUCCUCAGCUUCCGCAGUUCCCCCCCGCGUCUCUUCAUCUUCCGCAGUACCCGCCGCACCUUCUCAGCUUCCGCAGUACCCCCCGCGUCUCCUCAUCUUCCGCAGUACCCGCCGCACCUCCUCAGCUUCCGCAGUACCACCCCCCACGUCUCCUCAUCUUCCGCAGUACCCCCUGCGUCUCCUCAUCUUCCGCAGUACCCCCCGCGUCUCCUCAUCUUCCACAGUACCCCCCGCGUCUCCUCAGCUUCCGCAGUACCCCCGCGUCUCCUCAGCUUCCGCAGUACCCCCCGCGUCUCCAUCUUCCGCAGUACCCCCCCGCGUCUCCAUCUUCCGCAGUACCCGCCGCACUUUCUCAGCUUCCGCAGUACCCCCCGCGUCUCAUCUUCUGCAGUACCCGCCGCACCUCCUCAGCUUCUGCAGUACCCCCCCGCGUCUCCUCAGCUUCUGCAGUACCCCCCCGCGUCUCCUCAGCUUCUGCAGUACCCGCUGCACCUCCUCAGCUUACGCAGUACCCGCCGCACCUCCUCAGCUUCAGCAGUACCUUCACACGUCCUCAGCUAUAUCAGUGCCCCCACUUCUCCUCAGCUUCAGCAGUACCUUCACACGUCCUCAGCUAUAUCAGUGCCCCCCACUUCUCCUCAGCUUCAGCAGUACCUACACACGUCCUCAGCUAUAUCAGUGCCCCCACUUCUCCUCAGCUUCAGCAGUACCUUCACACGUCCUCAGCUAUAUCAGUGCCCCCACUUCUCCUCAGUUUCACCAGUACCUUCACACGUCCUCAGCUAUAUCAGUGCCCCCGCACCUCCUCAGCUUCAGCAGUACCUUCACACGUCCUCAGCUAUAUCAGUGCCCCCACUUCUCCUCAGCUUCAGCAGCACCUUCACACGUCCUCAGCUAUAUCAGUGCCCCCGCACCUCCUCAGCUUCAGCAGUACCUUCACACGUCCUCAGCUAUAUCAGUGCCCCCCACUUCUCCUCAGCUUCAGCAGUACCUACACACGUCCUCAGCUAUAUCAGUGCCCCCACUUCUCCUCAGCUUCAGCAGUACCUUCACACGUCCUCAGCUAUAUCAGUGCCCCCACUUCUCCUCAGCUUCAGCAGUACCUUCACACGUCCUCAGCUAUAUCAGUGCCCCCACUUCUCCUCAGCUUCAGCAGUACCUUCACACGUCCUCAGCUAUAUCAGUGCCCCCCACUUCUCCUCAGCUUCAGCAGUACCUUCACACGUCCUCAGCUAUAUCAGUGCCCCCCACUUCUCCUCAGCUUCAGCAGUACCUUCACACCUCCUCAGCUAUAUCAGUGCCCCCCACUUCUCCUCAGCUUCAGCAGUACCUUCACACCUCCUCAGCUAUAUCAGUGCCCCCCACUUCUCCUCAGCUUCAGCAGUACCUUCACACGUCCUCAGCUAUAUCAGUGCCCCCCACUUCUCCUCAGCUUCAGCAGUACCUUCACACGUCCUCAGUUAUAUCAGUGACCCCACUUCUCCUCAGCUUCAGCAGUACCUACACACGUCCUCAGUUAUAUCAGUGCCCCCCACUUCUCCUCAGCUUCAGCAGUACCUACACACGUCCUCAGUUAUAUCAGUGCCCCCCACUUCUCCUCCGCUUCAGCAGUACCUACACACGUCCUCAGCUAUAUCAGUGCCCCCCACUUCUCCUCCGCUUCAGCAGUACCUUCACACGUCCUCAGCUAUAUCAGUGCCCCCGCACCUCCUCAGCUUCAGCAGUACCUUCAUAUGUCCUCAGCUAUAUCAGUCACCCCACUUCUCCUCAGCUUCAGCAGUACCUUCACACGUCCUCAGCUAUAUCAGUGACCCCCACUUCUCCCAAGCUUUACUUAGAGCCUUAGCACCUACCCAACUACACAAGAGGUCUCAAACCUUCUUGGGUGCACAUGCACUGCCUCAGCUAUACAAGUAUGUGUCUUAG